UGUACAGUACAAGAGUUCAACCUUAAGUCUUCUGUUGAAGUGAUCAUUUUGGGAGCCCUCAUCUCUGCAUCAUGAUGAAUUUGCUUGUGGGACUUUGCAUUGUGGCACUCCUGCCAUCAGCACAGGCUCAAAGAAGCACAACUUCCAAGACCACACCUGGAACAACCAUGAAUACUCCAGUGGCAGCCACCUCGAUUGUAACUACGUCACCACCAACCAAGAGCCCUAAGACCUUAACUACUGGGUCUGCGAUCACCACCAAAAUGGUCACCUCCACCAUUGCCGUAACAUCAACAACCACCCCAAAACCACUCUCUCCCUCCACUACCUCCAGUCCAAACGUUUCUCCUACUAGCACAGCUACAACCACCACGGCGACGAGCACACCUACUACAGUCAAGACCUCCAUGGCGACGAGCACACCUACUACAGUCAAGACCUCCAUGGCGACGAGCAAACCUACGACAGUCAAGACCUCCAUGGCGACGAGCAAACCUACGACAGUCAAAACCACCGAGGCGACGAGCAAACCUACUGCUAUCAAGACCUCCAUGGCAACAACGAUGCCUCCGACCACAAUGUCCAUCAAAACGACAACCGCACACAACAGAGGAAGCGGAGUAGCAGAGUCGCUACUGUUGCUCGGGGUUUCGCUCAUUCUCAAUGUCGUCUGCCAAUGAACAAAAAGCAAAACCUGCCUGGGUGACUUUUAUAAUAAUAAGGUUUAAAGUUUCUCGGGAAACCAAGAUGAAAUAAUAGCCGAGUUUGUUAUUAUGCGUGUCACACUGUGUCAUUUAGAACAGCUAUACUUAAUAGUUUAGCAGUGGUGUUUUUUUUUUUUUUUUUAAACAAUUUAAUAGAAAACUUGUGUCAUCUGCUUAUCUGGAGGAGAAUUGCCUCCUGUCCCUAAUUUUAGACAAAAAGAACAUAUCAAAUGCCAAAGGAAACGCUUUUAUUUUUUGUUCAUAUGACACACGCUGAAUACAGGUGCAUCUCAAUUAGAAUAUGGAGGAAAAUGCAAUUUAUUUUAGUAGUUCAAUUCCAAAACUCAAACUCAUACAGUAUUAUAUAGAUUCACUACAGAGGUAAUCUUUUUCAAUGUAUUUUAUAUUUUUGGGUAAUCAUGAUGAUUAUAUUUUACAACAAAAGCAACAGCAAGAACAAAAAAAUCACAAAUGCAAGAAAGUUGAAAAUUCGCAAAAUAAGAAAGAAUCAAAAUUAUUUUUGAUAUGGAAAUUAGGUAGGAAUUGGCCUUAUGAAAAGUAUUUUCAUAUUUUAUGUGCUUAUUGAAUCUGAGUUUCACUUUUGCAUGAACUACUGAAAUAUAUUAACUUUUAUAUAAUAUGACAAUUUAUUGAGACGCUCCUGUCGAUAUGUAUGUUUGCACUGUCUCUUUGUUGUUAUAGCGUGGCCGUGGAUAUUUUUGUUGUGACCAGCUUGCAUAUGAUCUCAGAUUUUCAACACUGCAUAUCUACAACUAUUACUUAAAAUACACUCUUCGCAAACUGUGAAACUACUGUAUUCACGUUCAAUAAAAUUUAAUCAAAGCAUUGAUUGCCAAAUGAAUGAAACAUUAACAGCUGAGCAAAGUAAUGGAAAAUGCAGAUGGAGAAAGACUGAAGCUUGUAUAACUAACUUGACGAAUAAAUAACCAUUUUUUCAUGGUGAAA